AUGGAAAAUGAUGUAGACGAACAUAUAGACUUAGGCAGCUUCGACCUCAUCGGCGACCUCGCGCAUCAACACCCCGCCUACUCCAACUUCGUUUCCCACAUCGCCGAGCUGCUGGCGAGUGGCAGCGCGGAGCGCGCGUCGUUUCUUCCAUUGUCGACGACGCUCUCUCGCGCACGCCAGGUCCUUCUGGGCUCUCUUCUCACUAGCCGAGGCGUCGAAAUCUUCGGCGGAGAAGACUCCACCAAGAAGCUCAAGUAGAAGGAGGAAAUGGAAGCAAAAGGAGAAAGGCAAUGCGGAGUUGGGUCAGGAGAUCACGGAGGAAACACCCAAGU